AGAGAGAGAGAGAGAGAGAGAGAGAGAGAGAGAGAGAGAGAGAGAGAGAGAGAGAGAGAUAGACCCAACAUUAACAAACAAGAUAGAGAUAUACUGUCCACGUACCAUUUACUCGCGAUGAUGUGUUCAAUAAACUUAAUGCCUGUAUUCUAACUUGGCUCAUCAACUGGCACAGAGUUAAGAGUUUAGCAAAUACUAGUUACUGUUACCAUUAUGUUUUAAUAAUAUUUUGAUAAUGAACGGUGUCAUUCCAAGAAUAAUGAAUCGCUUCCUUUCUUGAAGUGGAGAUGCCAUUCCUGAGCCACUGUUUGUUUAAAGCGCUGGGACACCAACAGGCCAUACAGCCUCCCCGUCGUGGUGGAGCCGGGGUGCAGGGAACUGCCCUGAGCUUCGCUCCCAGGGUCACGUGGCGCGCGGCCUCGCCCCUCUCCGGCGGCUCCGGAGCGUCCGCGGCGGCACUCGGUGCGCGUGCGCGGAGGCCUGCGCGCUCUGCGGCGCGGUCCUUGGUGGAGCCGGCGGGUGCGGAUAGGGGGUGGCGAAUGGCUCUGCGGGGCCCGGCGGCCUUCGGACCCGGUUCCCGCGGGUCGUUGGACGAGGCCGGGGCCGAGGGGCGCGAGGCGGCGGCCCUUUCGGCGGCGGGAGUCACGCCGGAGGACGAGGAGGAGGACGAUGGGCGCCGGGGCCUGCUGCGCUGGGAUGGCUUCUCGGCCUGGCUACACUGCGUGUGUGUGGUGGGCUUCGACCUGGAGCUGGGCCAGGCGGUGGAGAUGAAAUCCAGGGACUUCCGAGCACUAGGCAAGCUCUUCACCCUGUAUCCCCAUCCCCUGUCAUUUAAUCUUAAUCCUGAUUCUGUAACAGUUGACCCAAACCUGAUGUCAUAUGGAAAAUCAUUGGCUUGUAAGUUUGUCAGUUUCCCCUUUUUAAAACAUCUUGCCUAAGGCCUUCGAAUCUAACUCACUUUUGGUUUUGUUUAGCAUCCUUCUUUGUAGCUUAAGAGAUUUGUCUUAUUUUUCCAAGAGAAGUGUUAUUAGAAAGACGUAUGUUCUAAAGUUUUUGGCAUUUUUGUUGUUAGUCUAUUGGUGUCAGUGAACAAUUCUAAUGUAAUAUUGGUGGCCUGAACUGGCCGGGGAGGUUCCAAGUGAGGAACUGCUGCAUUUGUAUUCUACCAUCUUUCUGUCUUCUCUGCCGUUACACAGUUCAUUAAAUACUGAGUUUUCACUACGAUCUAGACAUUGUAGGAUAGUAGCUAUACAAAUAAAAGGAUGUUAUAGACCGGUAUUUGUAGAUUUAGACAAUUUGUAGAUCCAAGAAUUAAUCUCGGUAGUACACAGGAUCAAAUUUAUUGCUUGACAUAAAUAUUCAGUAAAUAUUUGUAGAUAAUAGAUCGAGUUAGUACGUAGAGAAAUUAGUUAUUUUAUUUGAGGUAGGAAUAGCAAUCGCUAAAGACUGAAGACAUUGAAGAUUUUUUUUAUGUGUGUAUUUUGCCUCCAUGACUAUAUGUACAGAGCAUUUGUGUCUUAUGUCCGUAGAGGCUGGAGAAAGGGGUCAGAGUCUCGGGAUGUGUAGUUCCACAGUUCUGCCUACAUGGGUGCUGGGAACUGACCUCAGAUCUUCUAGAAGAGCUGAGCCAUCUCUCCAGCCCCUGAAGACAAUGUUUUAUGCUAAUUAUUUGAUGAUAAACUAAAAUUCUAUGUGUAGCAAAAUGAAACUCAACUAGAGAGCAGAGGCUGUUGUAUUGGUUGCAUUAAAAAUUAUUUACAUGCGGGUUUUUUGCUUACAUGUGUGUCUCUGCACCACACUCAUGCCUGUUGCACCCGGAGGUCAGAAGAGGGCAUCCAGCCCUCUGAUGGGGAGUUACAGAUGGUUGUGAACCUGGUCCUCUGGAAGAACAGCCUAAGUGUUCUUACCCACUGAGCCUUCUCUUUAGCCCCUUUGAUUGGUUUGUAAUCUCAUCAUUUGGAACAUUGCUUUUAACAUGAGUAUUUUUUAAAUAAUUGGAAUAUUUUCAAUUUUAGUAUAAUUUUAAACAAGUUGAAUAUUAACAGAUAUAAAUAUUUAAUAAUAUUAGUUGGGAUGCUGAAAACUAUGUAUCACUAAAAGGUGCAUACAUUUUACCUCCCAUCGCUACCACUGCACAGCGGUUUUCUUUAUAAUGUAGUUCGUAGCUUUUUUCUUCCUCAAUAUUUAAAGAAAAGUAUUAACAGUAUGAAUUCCCUCAGAAAAUGAGUAAGACAGGAUUCUUCGAUCUUCUGUUUUACUUUGUGUCCAGAUUCAGGAUCUUCCUCUAGGAAGUAAGGAUGAGUGUUGGGGAAAUUCCUUCAUAAAGGACCUAAAGAAAGAUAAGCAUGAUAAGAUGCAAAAUGACUUUUGUUUUGUUUGGAAACUGGAGCCCACUCUAACCCUGGAGUACAUGUAACCCAGACUAGCCUUGAACUCACAGCAGCCUUCCUGUCUCCAUGUUUGUGACAAAGCAAUUUUGGUUUGCUUGUGUAAAAAGAUAUAUUACAUUUAUUUAUUUGUGUGUGUGUGUGUGUGUGUGUGUGUGUGUGUGUAUGUGUGUGUACGAUAGAGCACAAGCAGGAACGAGUUGAUUCUUUCCUUUCACCACAUGGGUCCUGGGGAUCAAACUCAGGUUUUCAGGCUUGGAAGCAGCAAAUUUCUUUUCCCUAAACAACUGAACCAUCUCACUUGUUCUUGGCUUUUGUUCUUAGGGUCUCUUUAUGUAGACCAUAUUGGCUUCAAACUCAGAGAUCUAUAUACUCUGCCUCCUAAGUAUACCACCAUGCCCAGCCUUUUGUUUUAUUUUUGGUUGUGAGCCUAGCUUUUAGCAGCUGAGCCGUCUCUUCAGCCCUUUAUUUUUUUGUUAUUAUUAUUAUUU